AUGGAAAUGGAGGAUAGGAUUAGAGCCUUAGCUGAUGGAAUCUUGGGCCACAUUCUCUCUGUUCUCCCAACUCGUGACACCAUCGCCACUAGUUGUCUCUCCAAGAGGUGGUGUCCAUUAUGGCGUUCCGUCCCUGCUCUCGACCUCCACCUAGACGAUCAAACCUAUUUCCAAAGCGGUUGUAUCUACUCCCCUUUCUUAAACUUUGCCUAUGCCACCCUCCUCUCGCACAAUGCACAACAACCUCUCAUGCUUGUACGCUUACGCAUCAACACUCGCGUGGGCCCAAACUACAUCUUCCCAAAGGCCCACUUCAACAUAUUGAUUAAGGCUAUCAUUGAGCGGGGCAUCAAGAACCUCCACCUCGAGAUGCCCCUCACGCUCCCAUUGCCUAGUAGUGUCUUCAAUUGCAAAACCCUCGUUGUUCUCAAGCUAUGGCAGGUUGGAUUCUUCGUGGGUGUCCCGUUCUGGAAGAGUUGA